AAAACGCCCACGCCCCCGCUGUGACCUUCUCUCUCUUCAGCUUGCCAUGUCGGACACCUCGACUCUGCGUUACUCUUCUGAUGAGCAAUCCCCGGAUAGGGCGGACUACAGCUACUCGUACCCUCCCGAGUACGCCUUCUCGCGCGCCGAUGGACGGGCGAAGGCUCGGCCUCUCAGCAGACGGCUUCCCCCCACCCCGCGCCCUCGUACCGCGUCUGUCCGGCCCCUUCCCUCUAUUCCCCACUACAUGACAUGCAAACGAUGCCGAUCGUGUGUCACCACAGAGGGCUCCGCCCUGUCCCCGUCUGCUCUUCCGCCCACUGCCAGGCCAUUUAAAGGCUACGCCGGCAAAGCUGCUCUAUAUACCCAAAUGUUCAACGUCAGGGUCUCUCAACCCGUCGUACAACUCAUGGUCACUGGCGCGCACACCAUGCAGGAGGUUAUGUGCCGACACUGCAACGCCUACCUCGGCUGGUACAUCGUUCGAGCCCACGAGGAGACCGAGAAGUGGAAGGAAGGCUGCUUCUUAGUCGAACUCGAGCACGUCGCGCUGAAAGCGCAGACCACACACUCCGCUGGUUCCGCCAGCUCAGACGACAGCUCGUAGAAGCCUCGACGCCCAUUCCCCAACCCCGUAGUACGCGCCUCCCCUCCCUAGACCCUCAUUACCACUACAUUCGCCUGCUCCUUCGCAUUGCUUUACUUGUGACAUUGAAUCACGGGACGUCGUAGUGAUCUACUGUACCAUCGCCAUGUUUUACUUAUUGUAUAUUAUUUAUCCUGUACUUGUACUACCCAUCUUGCGUAGUUUCCACUCCUUACCGUGUAAUAGAGCCGGACAGGAUUCCGAUGUUCAUGUUUUUCAGCGCGCCCUCGAACCCUUCAUUCGG